AUGACUGUUCAUGUUUGUUGUGUGGGACCGUGUGUCGAAGUAAUAAAACGGUUAUCACGAGAUUCGGAUCAUGUUUCUAUUCAAAAGUUUGAUUCCGUUACACAAGUUAUGAUGUGGUUUUUCCAGAAACGACUACAAGAUAAAUCCAUGACGUUUGAAGGUUCGUGUUUGUUCAUUUGUUAUGAUCCCAUUAGAACGAAACUUAGGUCUACCUCUGUGUUGAAUUCAAUGGACCCAGAAACUUUAUCCUGUUUUAUUUCUGAUAUGUUCCCAUGUUUCAAUGUGAUGUGUGUCCCAUCUGCGAAUUUCAUUGACUAUUAUGAGUCUGUUAUUCUCAACACCGAUAUGAUCGGUAACGAUGAUUCAGAUGAGGAUAUGGAUAGAAUAUCGAGUGUUUACAGAUGGAUGUAUUCAGGUUCAGAAUCUUUGACAGACGGAUCGGAAGAACAUCAUGACCUACCUUGUUCCAAUAAUUUGUACACCAUGGCAUCACAUCUUGCAUAUGUAAAUUCUAAUGAUAGAUUGAAAAGGGAAAGGGUGCCGAUUUGGGAUUAUAUUGACAUUACAGAUAUGAUUAAAUCUAAUUUGUCCCAUAAUGAUGCGUACUAUUGGAAAUGUCUAGAUAGCUGGGAUUUUUGCGCUCAUUCGUUAAACUGUACUGAGUUGAUCUGGUGUGCUUAUCUACUCUUCCACAAAUUAAAUACAGAAUCCAACCUUUCGCACGCCCCACCAUCCACUAACCGUCUGUUGCUGAUGCUUUUGAAUAUCGAGGCCGCAUAUCACCAGGGUAACAAAUUUCAUAACUUUAGACACGCUGUUGAUGUAUUACAGGCCACGUAUCAGUUAUGUCAUUUAUUAGAACUACCUAAACUGGCUUCGUUUUUGCUGUGCAUAGCGGCAAUUGGUCACGAUGUUGCUCACCCAGGAACAAAUAAUAUGUUGUUCAACAAAUAUGUUUCACCAAUCUCAAAAUACUAUAAGGAACAAUCAGUAUUGGAAAAUUUCCAUGCAGACAUUUAUUUGGACAUUUUAUCACAUUAUUGGCCCGAACUUUCCCAAGAAUUCACAGGAAUAAAAGAUUCUAUAAUAGCCACGGAUAUGGCUUUACACAAUCACUAUGUGGAAACUAUAAAACAGGAAACAGGACCUAAUUUAACUGGAUUGACAUCACUCAUUAUAAAGGCGGCAGAUAUUUCAAAUGUGACAAGGCCUUUGUUGAUAUCUGCGAAAUGGGCUGCUCUAAUAUCAAUGGAGUUCAAGGAAUGUGCUGUAUUGGAGAAAAACUUAGUUGAAUUGGCAGAUGCGAAAGACGACGAAAAGAAAAGAAUAAGUUACAAAUUGGAUCUUGAUUUUGAUUCUUAUUCAGAACUGCCCUCAAAUAUUGAUGAUAUCUUGAAAGAAUUUCCAAACAUUCCAAAGGGUCAAGCAUUCUUUAUUGAUACAUUUGCAUUGAGCUUGUUUUCAGGGUUGGGACUUAAGUACAAACAGCUUCAAUUUUUAGUUGAUAACGUUGAAAACAACAGAAAGUUCUGGAUGGAAAGAGGUGACUGA